UAGCAUGAAAUACAUUUUUCUUUGAAUAAAUGUAAAUACACUGAUGUUAUACGUAAUAUAAUUGUGCACAUUGAUACUAAUUAUCAAUAAACUUAUUUUUAUAUAUUUUUAAUGUAUGUACUCGAUAAAACUUUCGAUUGAAUUACUUCAAAACAAAUGAUAAGAGGUUAUAAAUGCGGCAUUUGUUAAUAAUUAAAUAACAAUAUUAUUGUGAGUUGUUUGGAAAGUACAACAGUUAACAAUAAAAAAGAAAGAUGUUGCGAAAAAUACUUCAUCUAUCAUUUGAGAAUAAAAUAAUUAUUAAUCAGUUAAAUAAUCACAAAAAGGUUAGUCAGUUUGUAGUUCAGAAAAAAUAUUUUUCUGUAUCUAAUGAAAAUAAUGAACAAAAAAUAAAAAAUGAACCAAGUAUUUCUCAAGAUGAUGAAUCUGAAGAUUCUGAAUCAAUUGAUAAAAUAAAAAAGUUAUCAGAUUUACUGGAUAAUUCUGCAAAUUUUAAUGAUGUAACAAAUAGAGAAUGGAUGACAAUGCCAUAUCCUGAAGAUGCAGUUAAACACCUGGAUAAAAAACAAGAAAGACGUAAAAUAAGUCCAGAGGAUACUUCAAUAUUUUUAUGUCCUGGACAAGGUGCUUUGAAAGUUGGAGCAGUAAAAAAAUAUCUUCGAUAUCCUAGAGUUAAAGAGCUAUUUCAGAUUGGCAAUGACAUAUUAGGAUUUGAUAUAUUGGAUAUAUGCUUGAAUGGACCACAAGAAAAAUUAAAUAGAACGGAAUACAAUCAAGUAGCUACAGUAAUGACAUCAUUAUCUGCGUUAGAAAAAUUAUGGGAAGACAGUCCUGAUAUGGUUACCAGUUGUAAAGUUAUUGCUGGUUAUAGUGUUGGAGAAUUAACAGCCCUAGCAUAUGCUGGAUCAAUAUCAAUUGAAGAUGCAAUCAGAUUAGCUAGUGUUAGAGGAAUAGCAAUGCAACAAGCAUCAGAGUUAGAACCUCAAGGAAUGAUAACUGUAAUUCAUAAUAAAGAAACUGAAUCUAUGGGUAAAAUAUGUACAGAAGCUCGUGAAUGGGCAGUUAAUUUAGGUAUUUCGGAGCCUGUUUGUAGUGUAUCCUCAUAUUUGUAUGCCAAUGCUAAAGUAAUAGCAGGUCAUUUACCGGCAAUAGAGUUUAUUGAAAAAAAUUAUAAACAGUUUCGUAUACAGAGAGUAAUAAAAUUACCAGUCUCAGGAGCAUUUCAUACACCUUUAAUGAAACCAGCAAUGCAAUCUCUUAGAAGAGCUUUGAAUAAUACAGAAAUCGAAGAUCCUCGAAUUGUAGUUUAUUCUAAUGUAACAGCAAAACCAUAUCGUUCAGCUAUAGAAAUUCGACAAACACUACCACUUCAAAUGAUAAAACAAUCGAAGUGGGAACAAAUUUUACAUGAAAUUUUUAAUAGACCGCAAGAUCACGUAUUCCCAUAUUCAUAUGAUCUAGGCUCUGGUGGAACAAUGAAAGUUAUUCUUUCUCGAUUGAAUUUAGCUGCAUCGAGAUUUUGUGAACCAAUUUAAUUAAUAAAUGAACUAUAAUAACUGA